AUCACGACAGCCGCACGCUCGGCGGAAUUCUGAGAGAAAGUCUGGUUUAUGGACGGCGGGGGGGCUUGAAACGCGCCGAAAAGGAGCACGGGAUGGAGGGCUUACUCCAUUACAUCAACCCCGCCCAUGCCAUCUCGCUGCUGAGCCACCUCAACGAGCAGCGCCUGAAAGGGCACCUCUGCGACGUCGUCCUGAUCGUGGGGGACCAGAAGUUCCGGGCGCACAAGAGCGUCCUGGCCGCGAGCAGUGAGUAUUUCCAGACCCUGUUUACCCGGAAAGACAGCGAGGCCCGGGGGGCCGUCCAGCUGGAUUUCUGCGAGCCGGAUGCCUUCGAGAACGUGCUGAAUUACGUCUACUCCUCUUCCCUCUUCGUGGAGAGGGAUGGCUUGGCAGCCGUUCAGGAGCUGGGCUACAGUCUGGGGAUCCCCUUCCUGACCAACAUUCUGUCCAAGAAGCCCCAUGUCUCCUACUCCGGCACCCGGAAAAGGGCUUCCUUCUGCGAGGAGGACGACAACGGGAGCCAGCAGAGAAGCGUCAUUGUGUGCCAGAGCCGCGGUGAUAAACCCGGCCCCAGCGCCUCCCAAGACAAGGGGCCGAAUCCGGCAUCGCAGGCCGCGUCCAAUCCCUUCCCUCCUGUCAAGCCUAAAGAGGUUUCAUCGGGUCAGCCUGCCAGGGAGUCCAGUCAGCCGUGGUCAAAAGACCGUGGCAGUUCCGUGACCUGCGAGAAGCCAAGCGACACCUCGAGGAACACGCCAUCCACUCUCAGGAAAUCCACAGACGCAGCUGAAGGCCCCGACCGCAGGCCCAGCCGGUCCGGCACCCUCGUUCGGGGAAGGUCGCCGACGAGACCCCAGCUGACCGCUUCUCUUUCUUUCAACGAUUCGUGCUUGCAGCAGGGCGGGGAGGCGGGCGGGGACGUCGCUCAGGGGCAGGACCGGGCUCCCACGUGUCUUGCAAAGCAGGGACUCCGCGCGCUGCCAGGCAGGGCGGGACAAGAGAGGCAAGGGGUCGACCGAAGCGGCCCGCUGAUUAAGAGCCUCCUGCGCAGGUCGUUGUCCAUGGACAGCCCCGUGCCCGUCUGUUCCCCAGCGUUCGAUCUGAAAUCCGCGCACAGCCGAGAGGAAGCCGCUACGAAGCCGGGGGCCGAGACGGCCGCCGCGGCGGAGUCUGUAGAAGGCAAGCGUUUCAAAGACAAGUCCAACGUCGUCCCGCCGCUCAGUCUCCGUUCCGGGAUCCUCAGCAGAUACCGGGAAGCGGAGGUGGACAAGUCAGAGGUCCGUGUCAAAACGGAGCCCAGCAGCCCGCUCGCCGACCCGUCCGAGAUCAUCCGGGUCACCGUCGGAGACAACCUGCCGGUGAACUUCAGGGAUUUCCACCCCCAUGCAAAUGACGAGGCACCCAGGGGAUUUUCCAAGCAUUCUGUCAAGAGGAAAUCCCGGCUGGACAACAGAAGGAAUCAGUUUAAAAAGUCCAGGUGCGUGGAGGAUCGCGAUUUUGGAUCGGAGCUCAGCCGCCGCGGUGGCGCGACGCCCCACAAUUCAGACACCGACGAGGACGCGGUACCCGCAGAGUCGAGGCAGAACAGAAUGUUUAAGUGCUGGAGCUGUCUGAAGAUAUUUCGCUCCAACACCGGCCUCUACCGCCACGUGAACAUGUAUCACAACCCCGAGAAGCCCUACUCCUGCGACAUUUGCCACAAGCGGUUCCACACGAACUUCAAGGUCUGGACCCACUGCCAGACUCAGCACGGGGUGGUGAAGAACCCGGCUCCCGUUUCCAGCUCCUACUCGGUGCUGGACGAGAAGUUCCAGAGGAAGCUGAUCGACAUCGUGCGGGAAAGGGAGAUAAAGAAAGCCCUGAUGGUGAAGCUCAGGCGAAAUAAGCCGGGGCUCGGAGGUCUGCAGUCCCAGGCGUUCGGCAAGAGGAGCCUCCGGGCCCGGUCCAAGAGCUACGCGUGUGGCUACUGCGGCAAGGUGUUCUGGUUCCAGUCGCAGUACAAGCAGCACUUCAAGACGCACGCUGGGGCGAAACCCGACGCCGAAGGCAGGGAGGGCUUCUCCAGAAAGCAGGACGAGGGGGCUGGCCUGAAGGAGAGCCAAGGCAGGGAGUCGUUCCCCUGCAGGCUCUGCAGCGAGAAGCUCCCCUCCCCGGCGGAACAGGGGGAGCACGAGCGGGAGUGCAGGCACGCCACGGUGUGCUCCUACUGCAGCCUGCGGUUCUCCACGCUGGCGCUCAAGAAGGAGCACGAAGAUCACUGCGAGUACAAGAAGCUCACCUGCCUGGAGUGCAUGCGCACCUUCAAGUCUUCCUUCAGCAUAUGGCGGCACCAGGUGGAGGUGCACAACCAGAACACGAUGACCAUCAAGGAGCAGCUGUCCCUCAGCCUGCAGGAGCACAACGGGGAGGCGCCCGAUCCGCUGAGACCCUCAGCCCCGGGGUCCGAACCCAAGAGCGCCGGGAGCUCCAAGGAGGAGGCGGUCUUCAGCGACUCCUCCGAGCCCCCGCAGUUCGACUCGGAGGACUCCUCCUUCCUGCCGGAGGACCUGAGCGUCCCCCAGCGCCUGGAAGAGGUCCGGGUGAAGGAGGAGCCGCCCGAGGAGGCCGCGGUGGACGAGGCGCCCCGCCCCCCCGCCGAGGCCGGCCCCGAGGAGUCCUGCGCGUGGCCCUGCGAGAAGUGCGGCAAGCUCUUCACCGCGCGCAAGCAGCUGGAGCGCCACCAGGAGCUGCUGUGCCACGUCAAGCCCUUCAUCUGCCACAUCUGCAACAAGGCCUUCCGGACAAACUUCCGCCUCUGGAGCCACUUCCAGUCCCACGUGUCUGCCUCGGAGGAGCCGGGACCGGCGGCCGCCCCGGGGCCCAGGCCGAAGAGGGCGGAGGGGGAGAGAUCCGGCCGGGCCCGCUCUUCCAAGGCGGAGGCGGCCGACGACCCCCUGACCCCUCAGGAAUCGGACACCCUCUUCUACCACGCCCCCACGCUCUCCGCCCUCACUUUCAAAAGGCAGUACAUGUGCAAGCUCUGCCACCGGACCUUCAAGACCGCUUUCAGCCUCUGGAGCCACGAGCAGAGCCACACGAGCACGUAGCCAGCGGGGGGGCCGGGGCCGUGAAAGCAGCUCGUCCGGCCUCCCCCCCCCCCGACGGGAAACUCCAGCAGACGACGUGGGAAGCGUGGGUGUGGUUUGGGCUGUUUGCCGAAAUGGCUGUAUCUUGAGUGGCGGCAGUUUGCAGAAGUUUUUCAGGAAUCCUCCCUGUCGAAACCAGGAAAGGUUGAUGCUGCCUGGUAGUCUGUACAUUUUGCUACUGCGUAAUUUUUUUUUUUGGGGGGGGGAACGACAAUAAAAGCUCAGAUUAGGAGUUUCGAAUUUCAUCCUUUAUAGCAAUAAGUGCAAAUUUACAACCUCAUUUUGGUAAGUGUACGACAGAUUUCGCAGGUGGGGGAAGUGCCUGUAAAAGGCUGCUGAGCUCGCUCGACAGCAGUGCCGCUCCAGCAAAACCACGGUGGGGAAAAGGCACUGGGUCUGGCUUUCUGCACUACAUCACAACCUCCGCAGCUGAUCUGUUGUAACCUGCCGAAACAGCAACGAUGUGCGCGUGUUUAUGGAUGUACUGCGUCGGAGAACUAACUACACAACAUUCACCGGUGCUGAAUGAAAUUGCACAGAUGAACUGUUCAGCUGCGUCAGAUAUCGAUUUUGACAGCCUCUCCCCCAGAACAACAAAUUGUGCUGACCUCUUUUAUAAUUUAGUGAUUUUUUUUUUAUUUUUAUUGGUGCAGUUUAACUCACACUAAAAUCUACCCUCCUCGGAUUGUUAUAAGGAAACGUGUACCUUCCGUGACCUUCAAGUUGUGUGGAAAGGGUGUGGGUGUUGUUUUGUUGUGCACAGUCAGGGAGGGAUUUGUCUUUUUGGUUUGACACUCGCGUAUUGCACAAUCUGUUCACACACACGUACACAUGCAUAUAUACACAGGUACAAGGGGUGCACUGAUAAAGGUUUUCUCAGUUGAUGUCAGCAUAAUCCCGAUAUUAAAUAGCACAAGCUUUUAAAGUACUGAAAGAAAGUAAAACUGAGCUUUUGACCAAAAUGAUAAAAAAACACCAAUAGCUUGUACAUAUUGCAUUAGUUUAAGAUCAUCAAGAAAAAAAAUGUGACUAAGAUGUAAUCUGAUUAGUCACCAGUGUACAUGUGGUCACACACAAAUACACUUGGAUUAUUGGUGACAGGUACAUUUUGUGUCACAAUAACAGGCACGUAAGAUAUCGCCAUCACUUUAUAAAAUAUUGACAGUACAAUAUACUAAUAUGCAGAUAAGAUGCAUCUUGUUUUUUUUUUCCUGUAUUUCUGACUCCUUUUAAAAACAAACAUAGUUUGUAUACAUGUAGCGAAAUACUGUGUGUUGUAAUUAUGACUUUCAUUUAUCAGUUUAAAUGGGAAAUAUAUUCACGGCAACAGGAGAAAAACGGAAAACUCGCGCCAUUUUUUCUUUAACAAAAAAAUGCAUCCACAAGCAGCGCACUGCAGAUCAAGAUUGGCAAUUGCGAUACGUUCUGCAAUGAUGCACUUCCUUCGGUAAAACACAGAAGCACUGACAUCAGGAAGUGGGUGGCUCCCAGCCUGUCUGUAUUCAGUAGCGCUCUGUUAAAUCUGACUGGGAGCAGGUCAGGGUGGCACAGUGGUGAGCACUCCUGCCUUGCAGAGCAGGGGCCCUGGGUUCAGGUCUGGACCUGGGUUGCUGUCUGUGUAGAGUUUGGGUGCUCUUCCCAGGUUCGUGCCGGGUUUCCUCUGGGUUCCUCCCACAGUCCAAAACAUUCUGGCCCUGGCUGUACCCUGCCUUGCGCCCAUUGCUUGUGGUUGGAAGAGAGACGAAGGCACGCGGGCCCUUCAGAUAACUGUUAGUGACAGCUUCUCCUGGCUAUUCAGCUGGUGAAUAGACAUAAGACAGGAUGCCAGGGGCCUCUUCUCAGUCAGAACUGGAAAGCCGGUCUUGUCUUUUUUUUUCUAGUCUUGUCGAAGUCUUGAUGAUUUUCAGGUGUGUGUGUGUGUACGCCGCCAUGUUCAGCGGCUGUAAAAUGUCUCUAGAUGCUGCUCUUCUGGGCCGUGUCUCCCUCAAUUACAGCCCCAUGUACGCCACACCGUAGGCAGUUAUCGUCUUCUGUACCGCAGUAGGUGCACCCAUCUGAAAAUCAAAUUACAGUAUGCGCAGGGUAAGAAGAGGCAUAGCUAUCGGCAUGCUGUGUAUUUUCACCGUAUAAAAUGGUGCUUGUCGCUUGUGUCCAUCAUGCUGACACAUCAGUGCACCCCUGAUAUGUGUAUACAUUUUUUUUUAAUGACCUCUGCUUCUGUGAACGGGAGGCUAUCAUGUCGGUUACGUCAACACACUUUGCUAGAUCUGCGUAAAAAAAGUAUGCGUUGAGAGGAUGGUAACGAAUGUAUCUUGUCGUAGUGGUUCGCCGAGUUUUUUUCCCCCGUCUCCCUUCACUCCUUACCUUGCCUUGUGAUUUUGCCAUUUCAAGCGCCUGUUUUUGUUUUUCUUCGUCUCUUUAAAAUACAUUUGCAACACGUGCGAGGAUGGGGGGGAAGGGGAGGAAUAGCAUUUGUAUUUCCUAGCUGUAAAUUGAAGUGCUCUUGUAAAACACAAGUACACGUUGUGUGCAGUUGUGUGAGGAAGCGGUUUUACUUGGCUUAUUGAGCCUAAGCCGCCUGGGGCAGUACUGUUUUAGACACGGCGGGCUUGUGGGUGUAGCUAGAGCCAUGCUUCUAUGAUAAAAGAGAACAAAUCUUUAACAGUUCUAUUCAGUGGUUCUCUUCUCCUCUAAUGUAGGAUUAUGGGAUUGCAAGACUGAGUUCUCUAGCAAAUCAAGUUUCUGCAGCUGGAGUACUUUGUAUGAGCCUUUAUUGUGUAACUCUAAUUUUUGCCUGCCCUACAGAAACAGAAAUGCCUUUUUAGAUGCCAAAUAGCCGAUACGUUUCUGUCGAUAGAGAAUCGUUUAAGAUGAAAACACAUCUAGCAUUUUCAUAAUGCUUUUCCUUAAGCUUUUACUCUAAUGAGAUUAGGCAGCCUGCCAUAGCUCAACCAUUAUAUUUAAACUCAGCCCUAAAAUCUGCUGUGUAUAUAUUUUUUUUUAAAAAUGACUUCUUUAUUUUAAAAGGAUCCUUAAUAGUUGAAGGUUUUCAUGCAGAUGUUGCAAUAGUUUUGUGUUGUCAUUAUAAUCUCUGCCGAAGUUUGAUACAAAUGUAUGGUUGGAGUUUUUUUAAACUUGGCUUCUGAAAGUAAAUAAGUUUUCUUCAGUUUAACACACGGAUUGGGAAAUUCACUUUAAGACUAGACUAGGCAGUAUGGAGAGAAUAAAAGAUGUGUAAACAGAGGUUGGAUGCACUUGUACUUUGUGAUGUUUGGACGUUUAAUCUAAUUUCUGUUGGUCUGUUGUUACAGCCUUCCUUCUGAACAGGAAUAUGGAAGAAAAUGUAUUUUUUAUGAGUUUAUACAAAAGUAUUGCACAAAGGAGAUUAUACUCUCUUACGGAUGUGAAACAGAGGUUGGUGUAAUGGGUUAUGUUAAGCCUUAGAAAAGGGGUACUGCAUCAGUACUCAGGCAUACUGUAUCAGUAUCAGCCUGCCAAGUCCCUCAAGCAACUGAAGCAGUUUGACCACAAUAGGGUUUGUGUUCAUCAGAAAAAGACUGACCACAUUGAGACCCG